GAUAGAAAGGGAGGACCAGCGAAGUGCAGUGCUGCACGCGUGUCUGUGUGAGGAGGAGGAGAGAGUGAUACAGAUAGCAGGGAAGCUAAUGGUAGGUUUACACAGGAAUCAAGACACAGAGCUAGGCACCAACCCAAAGGAGAAAAGGGAGGGAUUGCCAAUGCACACACGCCCACACAGAUACACACCACAGACAGAGCAGAGCAUGAAUAAGACACUUUAAGGGACAGAGGAAAGAGGUUUGUUUGCAGACCGAGCAGUCAAUCAUUACUUAAGGAUAACAGGAUUGACAGCUGGGGUAUAAAUCUGGAUAAUAAGAAAAAGGAGGCAGAGAAAGAAGCUCCAGCAACUCUAUCUUCCUUUUCUGUCCAUCCUGAGUCUACACUAGCUGGCCCUUCCAGCUUCUAAAUGAUUGAAGCCAUGCCUCAACUCUCUGGAAGCACAGGGUUGCAUGAGACUCUGGCCCUUCUAACCUCUCAGCUCCACCCUGAUGCCAAACACAAAGAAGACCUGGUGUUCCUCAAGGAUGUCUUCAGCGAGAAGAGCCUGGCGUAUCUGAUGAAGAUCCAUGAGAAGUUGCGGCAGUAUGAGCGACAGAGCCCUACUCCAGUUCUCCACAGCGCCUCCUGUCUGGCAGAGGAUUUGGCCGAGGAGAUUCAGAAUGGACCGAUGGAAGGUGAUGAGAAGGAACUGCUUCUGCUUCUGAGUGCUCCUCAUCUCAAGGCUAUCCUGGCAGCCCAUGACACGGUGGCCCAGAAGAACUUUGACCCCGUGCUGCCCCCGCUGCCAGACGAAGUGGACGACGAGCUGGAGGAAGAGUCUGUGAAGAUCGUCCGGUUGGUGAAGAACAAGGAGCCCCUGGGGGCGACCAUCCGCAGGGAUGAAGUGACGGGGGCUGUAUUAGUGGCCAGGAUCAUGAGGGGAGGGGCUGCGGACCGCAGUGGUCUGGUGCACGUUGGAGACGAACUUCGAGAGGUCAACGGAAACCUGAUCAUUCACAAAAGACCAGAUGAGAUCAGUCAGAUUCUGUCCCAGUCACAAGGAUCCAUCACUUUGAAGAUCAUCCCUGCCGUUGCGGAGGAAGAUAGGCUGAAGGAGAGCAAGGUCUACCUGAGGGCCCUGUUUGACUACACCCCUUUUGAGGACAAGGCCACGCCCUGCCAGGAGGCGGGACUCCCUUUCAAGCGGGGGGAUAUCCUGCAGGUGGUGAGCCAGGACGAUGCCACCUGGUGGCAGGCCAAGAGAGUGGGCGACAGCAACCUGAGGGCCGCCCUAAUCCCCUCUACGCAGUUUCAGGAGAGGCGUCUUAAAUACAGAAUAAAGAUGGGCACUUACCAGGCGCCUGUAUCACCGAAAACACCCACAUAUGAUCCGGCUGAAAGAGCAGACUGUGACAGUGAGGGCUCUCAGAGUGGACAAGACAUAGCUGGUCUACGCAGAAGUUUCUGUCUGAGUAGAAAGGAUCGACAGGGGUCACCGGGAGAGCCGCGCACUCCAGACUCGGCCCUGCUGGACUUCCUAAUCUAUGAGGAAGUGACACGCUACCAGCCCCACCCCAGCGAGAGGCCUCGCCUAGUGGUGCUGAUAGGUUCCCUUGGGGCCAGAAUUAAUGAGCUCAAACAGAAGGUGAUCGCUGAAAAUCCCUGCCACUUUGGUGUGGCUGUGCCGCACACCACUAGAGCCAAGAAGAGUCACGAGAGGGAGGGAGUGGAGUACAACUUCAUCACUAAACAGGCCUUUGAGGCUGACAUUCAGAGCAACAUUUUUAUAGAGUAUGGGGAGUACAAGGAUCAUUUCUAUGGCACCAGUCUGGAGGCCAUCCGCAGUGUGCUGGAUCGAAAUAAGAUUUGCUUGGUGGAUGUACAACCAGAGGCACUGAAGAUCCUAUGGACAGCUGAGUUUAAGCCUUAUGUUAUAUUUGUGAAGCCUCGUAUCCAUGAGAGCCACUGCAAACGUCACGGCUCCUCUUCGUCACUCAGUGUAGGCAUCACUGAGGAGGACCUUCAGGAAAUGAGGCAGUCGGCCGUGCUGAUGGGCGAGCGCUACGGCCACCUGGUGGACCGGGUACUAGUGAAGGAGGACUUGGCCAGUGCAUGCGUUGAACUCCGGGACAUCUUGCAGAGGGUUGAGACAGAGGUUCACUGGGUGCCUAUUGGCUGGGCCCGAACCACCUAGCAUACACUCCCUGGCGCAUAUAAUACAAUUAAAAACCAGGCCAUUAGAAACUAGCGGGUGACAUUGAGAUAAUGGGAACGGAUUUGAACUUUGAAGUGUUUUACUGCCAUUGUGUUCAACCACUCCCGUAAUCUCACAAGCCAGAACCAAAUCUCAGAUGCGCUUACGCUAACAGUCACAAGAGACUACCACUGAGUGAUGGUGUUGGUGGUGGCAAACUGACAUUGAGAUGAGGGGAGAAAGAAACGAGGGAACUUGGGAAUCGGACCUUUCCACGAGGACAACGGCUAUCGGUGGUGACUCA